AUGACAAUAUCACUGCCUACAAAAGAUCCGUACUAUGGAUGUUACGAUCCAUUAUCGUAUCCUUUAUUCUUCCCUAAUGGUGAGGCGGGUUGGCAUCCUAACAUACCACGUAAUGGAGUAUCAAUCAAUAACGUUCAUAAUGAUUACGAUGACAUCGACGAAGACGCUGAAGGGGCUAACCCACGAGGGGGUAGGACAACCGUAGCUAUGCGAGAAUACUAUUGUUACAAGUUUCAAAUUCGCACUACGGAGAACGUGCUUUUGCUUGGCGGUAGAUUGCUACAGCAAUUUGUUGUAGAUGUCUAUAUAAAUCUUGAGACAUCACAUUUGCAAUUUUGUGAACGAAACCAAAUUAAGAUACGAGCUGAAUUAUAUCAAGGUCUUGUGGAUUGCAUCCAUGCAGGUGAGGUGCGUCCUAGCAAAGUCGGUCAACGUAUUGUAUUGCCUGCGUCAUUCAUUGGAGGGCCUCGCGACAUGCGUCGACGGUUUCUAGAUGCUAUGACUUUAGUGCAAGAUGAUGGCAAACCUGAUUUAUUCCUUACGAUGACGUGUAAUCCUCAAUGGCCUGAGAUAUGUGAUAAUUUGAAACCUGGUCAAACCGCACAAGAUCGUCCAGAUCUUGUUUCACGAAUAUUUCGUGCUAAAUUAGAGGAUCUUAAAGAGCAGCUCUGCAAGAAACAUUUACUUGGAGAGGUUUUGGCAUACGUUUAUGUCAUUGAGUUUCAAAAGCGUGGUUUGCCGCAUGCACAUUUCCUCCUUAUCAUGCACCCGCUAUACAAAAUUAAUAAUCCAGACCAUUAUGAUAAGGUUGUUUAUGCUGAAAUUCCUGACAAAGAACGACAUCCACAACUACAUGAGGUUGUUGUCAAGCACAUGAUUCAUGGUCCAUGCGGAAAUUUACGGACAGAGAGUCCUUGUAUGCAGGGUGAUCCAAAGGUAUGUCGCUUUCAUUAUCCUAGACAGUUUAAUAAGCAGACAACACAAGGAGAAGAUGCAUAUUCAUUAUACCGAAGGAGAGACACUGGAAUAACGGUGGAUGUACGAGGACAAACUCUUGAUAACAGAUGGGUUGUCCCUUAUAACCCAAGGCUUUUAAUGAUGUAUAAUUGCCACAUGAAUGUCGAGGUUUGCUCGAGUAUAAAAUCUGUUAAAUAUCUGUUUAAAUAUGUAUACAAAGGACAUGACAAACAGGUUAUUCAUGUUGAUCCAGGCGCCCCAGAUGUUAUUAUUAAUGAGAUAAAGAGAUUUCAGGAUGCACGCUACGUAUCCCCCCCGGAGGCUAUGUGGCGUAUUUUUUCUUUCCCUCUUUCUCAUAUCUAUCCUGCUGUUUUAGCCUUACAACUUCAUCUCCCGAAUAAGCAGAUGUAUAACCAUGGGAAUGAACCGGCAAGGCAAUAUUUGUAUAAGGAUUUCCCGAAACACUUCACAUGGAACGCAUCCUCACGUCGUUGGUGUCCUCGUGCUACUAGGCCACAAAGAGGUCGUAUUGUUAAUGCCAAUCCAGUAGAAGGGGAAAGGUACUACUUACGCCUACUCUUGUGUAAUGUCAGAGGACCUGCUUCCUUUGAAGAUCUUUGCACGGUUAAUGGAAUUAAGUACACGUCAUUUAGAAAAACAGCUCUUGAGGUAGGGUUGAUAGAGAAUGAUAAUAGUCUAUCACAAUGUCUCACAGAAGUGUCUCUAUUCCAAUUGCCCAAAGCUCUUAGAAGGUUAUUCGCAACAAUAAUGAUUUUUUGCGAACCUGGUGAUAUUCGUAAGCUGUGGAAUGAUCACUUUGAUGCACUAUCUAAAGACCACCGGUUACAAUAUGAAAGUUUGGAACGCAUUCAAAAUAUGGUUCUUACUGACAUCAGGGUCAUCCUACAGUCCAUGGGUAAAGAUAUUGAUGAUUUUAAAGAUCUUCCAAAAAUAACAGAACACAAGUUACAAUUUCCAGUUCAUCGUGAGGUGCAAGAGGAGUGUGGGAUAGUUGUGGAACCUGAACACCUAUCUGCCAUAAAUGAACUUAAUUCAGACCAAAAAAGAGUGUUUGAUGAGAUUAUGUCACAUGUGGAUAAUGACCGUCCAGGUGUGUUCUUUAUAGAUGGCCCGGGUGGAACGGGAAAAACAUUUUUGUACAAGGCUUUGCUUGCUCAAGUACGUUCACGUGGUCUUAUUGCUCUUGCGACAGCUUCAUCAGGUGCUGCAGCUAAUAAUAUGCCAGGUGGGAAAAUGGCUCACCCGAGAUUCAAGAUUCCCAUUUGUUUUAAUAACAAUUCGAUGUGCAACAUAAAAAAACAAAGUGGGGUAGCUGCACUAAUUAGGUCCUCCAAGUUAAUUAUAUGGGAUGAGGCAUCGAUGGCAAAACGUCAGGCGAUAGAGGCAGUUGAUUGA